GUACCACAGUACUGCACACCUCACUGCACUUUUUCAUUCUCUGGGAUAGAUUCCCUCUCACUUGUCUUUGACGAUUAGCCUCUCGAGUCUUCUGUUGCUAUCGUUUCGACAUCCAUCAUCUCUCCGCGCUGUUCGCGGCAUCCCACCUCGAGCUCUUUCUACCCCCACGCCGCAACUUUCCUACACCUCAACCACACAAUAUGGCGCCUCCAAGACGCCGGCGAAACAGUGCCUCUCCGGCAGCAAUGCUGCUCGGCCUCCUCUUCCUCUUUUCAUCGACCGCCUCCGCCGCCUCGGCAGUGCUGGGUGUCGACCUGGGCACCGAAUACAUCAAGGCCGCUCUCGUCAAGCCUGGCAUUCCCCUCGAAAUUGUUCUUACCAAAGACUCGCGCCGCAAAGAGACAUCCGCCAUCGCCUUCAAGCCGUCCAAGAGCGGUGCUCUCCCCGAGGGUUCUUUCCCCGAACGAUUCUACGGCGCCGAUGCCAUUGCCCUCCAGGCUCGCUUCCCCGGCGAUGUAUAUCCCAACCUGAAGCACCUCCUCGGUGUUUCCAGCGAUAGCGAUGCGGUCAAGACCUACAACGGAAGGUACCCUGCGCUCGAAGUCAGAGGCACAGAAGGACGCAAGACGGUCAGCUUCAAGAGCAGCAUCUUCUCCGCUGAGGAGGAGAAGAGUUUCUCUGUCGAGGAGGUGCUCGCUAUGGUCCUGAAGAACGUGCGCGAGAACGCAAAGGCAUUGGCUGGUACCGGCUACGAUGUUCAGGACGUCGUCUUCACCGUUCCUCCCUUCUACAAUGUUGCGGAGAGGCGCGCGCUCGAGGUUUCGGCCAAGCUGGCAGGCUUGAAGGUCCUCAGCGUAGUCAGCGAUGGCGUGGCUGUCGGCAUCAACUACGCGACUGGCAGGGUGUUCCCCACCGUCAACGGUAAGGAGGCAGGCAAGCCGGAAAUCAAUCUCGUGUUCGACAUGGGCGCUGGAUCUGCGUCCGCGACUGUUUUGCAGUUCCAGGGCAGGUCUGUCAAAGAUGUUGGCAAGCGCAACAAGACUGUCCAGGAAGUCAACGUUCUCGGGGCGAGCUGGGACAGGACACUCGGAGGUGAUGCGCUGAACUCCCUCAUCGUCGACGAUAUAAUCAACACUUUCCUUGAGCUGCCGGCCGCGAAGAGCGUUUCCAUCACCGCCGAGAAGAUAAACACCCACGGUCGUACCGCUGCGAAGCUGUUCAAGGAGGCUGAGAGGAUCCGACAAGUCCUCAGCGCCAACCAGGCCACACAAGCUUCCUUCGAGGCUCUCUUCGAGGACAUCGACCUCAAGUACAAGCUCGACCGCACCAAGUUCGAGCAGCUCACAUCCGAGGUCUCUGCACGCGUUGAUGUUCCCAUUAAGAAGGCUUUGGAAGCUGCCGGCCUGACAAUCGAGGACAUUGACUCCGUCAUCGUCCACGGUGGCGCUACUCGCACACCCUUCGUGCAGGCUCGUCUCGAGGCUGUUGCUGGAAAAGACAAGAUUAGAGCCAACGUCAACUCCGAUGAGGCCGCCGUCUUUGGAGCAGCUUUUAAGGCUGCCGGUCUCAGCCCCUCGUUCCGUGUUAAAGAGAUCCGGGACUCGGACACUCAGGGCUACAACCACGGCAUCGAGUACAAGCACAACCUCAAGACCCGCGAUCAGAAGAUCUUCACUCCCAGCACCAAGCUUGGCGCUACCAAGGACCUGCCUUUCAACAUGAUGGGCGAGUUUGAGUUCACCGUUUACCAGUCCAUUCCUGACGCUAAGGGCAAGGAGGUUAAGGAGCCUACUCUUCUGUUCAAGAGUCUCAACUUGACCAGCACAGUGACCAAGCUGAUUGAUACCGAUGGUUGCGAUCGUGACUCUUUCAACAACUACGUCCAGGUCAGGCUCAGCCCCGUUACCGGUACUCCCGAGGUCACAUCCGCCUGGGUCACUUGCGAGGCCACUGAUGACAGUAAGGGUGGCAUCGUUGAUGGUGUCAAGAACCUGUUCGGUAUGGGCGGCAAGAAGGACCAGGAAGCCCUGAAGGAGGACGAUACCUCUUCUGAGUCCGCUCCUGCGUCCGCUUCCAAGUCUUCAUCUUCGUCGAAGUCUUCCAAAAGUUCCAAGUCCUCCUCUGCUGUGGCAGCUGAGGCCUCUGACGACGGGAAGCCUAAGAAGAAGACCGUCAGGUCUGCUAUUACCUACGAUGUCAAGCAACUUGGUUACGAGAAGCACGCCCGCAAGGAUUUCAAGAAGAUGCAGGAUAGGCUCGCCGCUUUUGAUGCCUCUGAUAAGGCUCGCCGCGUCCGUGAGGAAGUCCUCAACUCGCUCGAAGCUUUCACCUACCGUGCUCGCGACUACUUCGAUGAUGAUGACUUUGUCGCUGUCUCUACUGAGGCUACCCGUACUGAGCUUGAGAACAGGCUCAACGCUGCCUCCGAUUGGGUUUACUCUGAUGGCCCCAACGCUGACGAGAAGACCCUCCGCGCCAAGCUCAAGGAGCUCGAAGAUAUUGUCAACCCCAUCCUUCGCCGCAGACGCCAGUCUUGGAAGCGUCCUGGUGCCGUUACUGAUCUCGAGGAGACUAUCGGCGGCAUGAAAGAAGUCGUUGAGCUUGUCAACAACCAGAUCGCCGAGCGAGCUACUUACAGCUCCAAGAGCGCCGAGGCAGCAUCCAAGUCUUCCGCCUCGCCUUCUCCCUCUCCCUCCGUCGACCCACUCGAUGAGCUUGAGGAGGAGGACCUCGAAUCCGCACCCUCCGCAUCCGCCACUCCUGAGAUCGAAGAGGUCCCCGAGAUCUAUACCGAAGAGGACCGCACGAAGAUCGAAGAUGUAACCGACAAGGCAAAGAAGUGGCUCGAGGAAACUCGGGCCAAGCAGGACAAGCUCCAAGGCCAUGAGGAGCCUGUUCUGACUGUCGAGGAACUCAAGUACCAGAAGAAGCAGCUCGACGACGUCGUCAUGGAGAUGAUGAUGAAGAAGAUGAAGCACUUCAAGCCCCCGAAGCCAAAGGCUACAACCAAGCCUAAGGCCAAGAAGGCGUCCAAGGUUAAGAAGAGCAAGACUGAGAAGCCCACUGAGACCCCUGUCGCUCCCAAGGAGGGUGAGGCCGAGACCGAGCAGCCUGAUGCACAAUCUCAGGCUGAUCACCAGCGCGAGGAGAUUGAAAACGAUGGACCCAAUAUGGAGUCCCACGGCGGCCGUGGACCAACCGAGCAGGAGUUGAAGGAGGCGCUGGAGAAGGCUGGUGUUAAGUGGGAUCCGGAGAAGUACAAGAACUAUGUAGGAAAGGAGAACCAUGACGAGUUGUAAGAAGCUGCAAUUAGCGGCGAUGAUGUAGCAAAUGUAUAUGCGAGCAAAUAGAGUUGAG